AGAAAAGGUUGUUUAAGAAGUGGUUAAAAAUAUUUUGAAAUUCCCAGCAUUUAUUAUUUAGUAUUGACACGUAUAAGUAGAGGGCACUACCGUCGUAUCAACAAAAUAAUAGUGGAUUUAUAUGGACUGUGAAAAACAAAGAAUUUCAUAUUUAAUUUAAAGAAACUUAGUACUUAGGUUACUUGCGUGUACUGACGCUUUUUAUUUUUGAAAUAAAGUAAUAUAUGUAUAUAUAUAUAUAUAUAUAAAUAUAUUACAUCGUCACAAUAUAUAAAACAGUUACAAUCUUAAAAUGUUAUUUUUAAGAAGGCUCACAGGUAACAUACUUGUUAAAAGGCAGGUGCAUGGAAAUGCAGAGAUAAUUGCAAAUUGUAAAGAAGUUAGGAAUCGUAAUCCAAGAAAUUUAGAACGCUUAAGGAUUGCAAGGAAACCUAUUGGUUAUGCUCUUGAUAAACAAGGAUUUUCCUAUUGGCACAAGUUAGUUAUAUCUUCUACUCAGAGAUAUGUUACCGGAGAAAUACAUCAUUUUGAAAAUGGCCCUGUUAUUAGAGUUUCAACUAAAGAAUGGGGAUUAAAAAAGCAAUUAUAUAGUUUGAAUGAUAGCUCAGCACAUAUAAACGUAGGUCGUGUACUUGCACAACGUUGCCUGGAAUGUGGAAUAUGUGAAGUUUUCUUUGAUGAAGAAAAUGCAGUUAAAUCAAAAGACUUGUUACUAGUGGAAGAAUUAAAGAAAGCUGGAAUAAGUUUAUCAGAACCAUACAGAUAUAGACACUUUACUGGUGCCGCUAAAUUUCGUGAUGAGAAACCUUGGGAAUCAUAUGAAUAAUUGUUUCUUUUGUAUAUAGAUGUCAAUAAAGAAUGUGUUAACUGUAAAAAUAGAUAUUAGUUAUGAAAAUUUUAUAUUAUUUUUAAUUACAGUGGAAAGUUUAUGUAUUACGUCAUGUAAUAUUAAAUGUCAGAUUUUGUGGGAAAAAAAGGAAACCUUAUUUGAUGUUCUAAACGACGUUUAUUCAAUCAAAAUUUGCUCUAUUUGAUUUGAUACAUUUCUGCUAAUAUGUUUUUAAUUAAUAUAUUCCUUCUUUGAAAAAUUCUAAAUGUUUAAAAUUAAUAAAUUCUAAUGACACUGUUAUAAAUUACUGUUUUGAGUUUACCAUGCGAUUCAUUUUGCAAAGAAACAUUAAAAUGAAGUUUUGCAAAUCAGUACUGCACUGUUCUUUUUGUCCCCAAAUGCUUCGUUUAUAUUUUCAGCGGUUAUUACUGCAUUAUUUGCAAGUUUGAAUUCAUAUAAAAAAAUUACAGGAAUGUUGAUGGUAUCCAUGUUUUCAAAAAAUGAUGCAAAAAAUAAUUAUGCACAAUUAGGAGAAACUUUUUUGCAAAGAGUUACUCUGAUUAUCAACAGUGAAACUAUUUAAGAGGUUAUAUAAAAACCAAAGGAGUAACAACAACAAGAGUACAACCAUUUAUGUGUAAAAAAGAUCCGACAUUUCGAAUUACACGACCUAAUACAUUACGCAUGUAUUAUUUAUGUACAUAUGAAAGAUACAAUUAUAUUG